AUGACCACUAGAAGUAGACGUUCGAGUUUCUCAGAAGAUGAGACUGUGCCCUUGCUAUCCCGCCUGACCAAAGAGGACAGGACCCCUUGGUACAGGAAACGUAAUCUGAGGCUCUUAUAUCUGGUCAUGAUCCCCACUUGUCUCGGUACUGAGAUGACUAGCGGAUUUGAUUCUUCCAUGAUGAACGGGCUGCAGGCAGUAGAAGCAUGGAAUCGCUUCUAUGGGCAUCCACGGUCCACAAUGCUCGGCAUCAUGACGGCCCUUUACUCGCUAGGAGGCGUGUGCGCCCUGCCUUUCGUCGCACCUAUCAGUGACACUCUAGGUCGUCGUCGCUCGAUCGUCUUCGGCAGUGUCCUAAUGGUCAUAGGGGCUUUAUUACAGGCGUCCUCACAGAACUUUACUAUGUUUAUUACUGCAAGAUUCAUCCUCGGUUUCGGCAUACCCUUCGCGGUGAUUGCUGCCUCUUCUCUCGUCGGAGAAUUGUCUCAUCCUAAGGAACGACCUAUCCUCAGUUCGCUUUUUAGUUCGUCUUACCAUAUCGGGUCUUUCAGUGCUGCCGCGGUCACCCUUUGUACUUUUGCAAUUGCAAACAACUGGGCCUGGCGUAUACCAUCACUCCUACAACUUACCCCUAGCGUCCUUCAAAUUGCAUUCAUACAUUACCUCCCGGAAUCCCCUCGGUGGCUUGUCGCAAAACGCCGACAUGCAGAUGCCCUAGCCAUAUUGACCAAGUACCACGCGGAGGGUGAUGCGGAGAACGAAUUUGUACGGAUGGAAUACGCAGAAAUCCGCGAAACGCUAGAGCUUGACGCGAAGAGCAGCAAGAGCUCCUGGAGUGAUAUGGUCGCUACGAGAGGGAUGAGGAGGCGCGUGCUGAUUGCUGUAUUCCUCGGAAUUGCCACCCAGUGGAGUGGAAAUGGACUCAUCUCAUACUUCUUGGCGCCCAUUCUAGACAGCAUCGGGAUUCACGACAAUCGUACUAAGAACCUAAUCAAUCUUGCGACCGUGUGCUGGGCCUUUGUAAACGGGACCACCAUUGCUCUUACUAUUCCCAGAAUCAGGCGCCGCGUCGCAUACAUGAUCUGUACAAUAUCUUUGUUCUGCAUCUUCACCGCUUGGACAUUCGCGGGAGCCAUAUACACUAUCACGGGGAGCAUUCUGGCAGGGCACGCAGUUGUUGCGCUCAUGUUUCUAUACAGUCCAGCAUAUAAUAUCGGCUAUAACGCACUAUCCUACACGUUCAUGAUCGAAGUCUUCCCUUAUCAUGUGAGAUCGAAGGGUCUCACCAUCUUUCAAACGGGGAGCAAAUCAGCCGUAUUCCUCAAUCAGUUCGUAAAUCCCAUCGGUAUUGCCAACGCCGGGUGGAAAUAUUACAUUAGUUAUUGCGUAUUCCUCUUAUUCGAAAUCGUCUUCGUAUACUUCUUGUUUCCAGAGACGGCGGGCCGCACGUUAGAAGAGCUGGCAUUUCUGUACGAAGGAGACGAGAUCCGCCACGAGCAGGAAGGGGACAUCGAAGACGAGAUACAUCACGGUUAUUCGUACUCAAGAGUACCUGUGGCAUCACCAUCGGGCGGGGAGGGAUCGGGCAGCGGCGCACUUUGAGUGUUCCAGGUUGACACCUUCUUGUAUGCGGCGACCCAGAAUAGACAUAAUUCCACCCACCCAAGGCG